GGAUGGAUGUGACUUAUCUGCUAAAUUGCCAUGGUGAUCAGAAAGUCUUCUAACAUUUCUCCCCUGGUGGACAGUCAGCUCCCCUUACAGGGAGCUCUGCCCUGGAUUUCUCUAUUUGGGGAUUGUCCUCCUCUUUGUAUUUUGCAGUAGUUUAGCAGCACCUUAAGGAUACCCAGUAGGCAGGUUCUUAAAAAAGCACAGGGAAAAUAAUUUAUUUCUAAGGUUUUGAAGAAUGUAAAAAAUCAUUUGGGAGUCCCUUUCUUUGUGCCUCUCUGUGUCUCAGGUUUGCAUUUCUUGGAGUUUAGUUCUUGCAAGCAAGGCCACCGGGAAUGGUGCUGUGGUCCUGGACGAUGCUCAUCCCCAGGCCCUGCAGCACCGAUUGCUGGGAUUUGGGGUUGUGAUGGAUGGAAAGUGACAGGGCUCCUUGCACAUAGCCACGCUGCAAACCAGAGGCAACUGCCUGGACUCCUGGUGAUCGGUGGGGCAGUUGGGAAGCUGAUGUCAACAUUGUACAAGGACAGCUACGCUCAGAUUGGGAGGAACGCAGCCGUCCCUUUCUAUUUCUUGAUAGUUUACUGUUGUGGAAAUUUGUAAGACGCCAGGGCCUUCAAGCUGUGAUUAAUCCCAUGGUUCCUGAAACAACUGGGAAAACAGACGUUUUGUGUGCCAGUUGAAGAGUGUAUGUCUAUGUAUAUUUAAAGCCUUCUUUCUGUACAUACACAUUUACACGAGAAGGCAGGCUCAUUCUUGUGUGCACUUGAAGAGUUUUACAACUGAUGAAAAUUAAUUUAAGAAUCAGAUGGAGCAACUUGACACCACUGGGCUUGGGAGCCCGGGGAGAAAAAUACAUCACUAAUGGCCAGUUUUCCAUAUGGUCUUCACGGGUAAAGAAGGUUUGCAAAAAGAAGAAAAAAAAACUUGCACAGAUCAAGCCUCAAAAAUACCUCUCCAGUUUAAAGAAGGAACUAAGUGAGAAGGUGACUGAGGGAGAAGUGUGAUUUCAAGCAUUGCAGAUGGGAGCAUGCAGUGCUUUUUGCACUUUAUUUUUCAGUGGGUCUGGUGAUUUGGACAGAGGUGAAAAUUCUGGACUGAAAAGUGGCUCUCACUGUGUGGUUAUGACUGGAGGAAAGCCAGUUAGGGUAUGAUGGGACAAGUUUGAACAGUGAACUGAUUCCUUUGCCUUUUUUCAGUUAACUGUAUUCCAGAAAUUUUAAUUUAUUACUUCCCUUUUCCUUUCCUAUACCUAUAGGAUAAUACCUUAAGGUAGCAGUUGAAACUGAUAAUUACAAAAUAAUUAUCAAGGAGCAUCCGAGUAAAGCUUCUUUCCUUGGACUGUACACGUGGCGUUUGGAGACGGUCUCUGGAGGUGAUCAGGAAAGUGCCCAUCAGCCGAACGUGGUCACUCUGCAGGGGGACAGUGGGGAAGAAGCUGACUCUCACCUGUGUUUCCGUUUUAAGGGAUUCUCUUCCGUGUUGAGUCCAGGAAUCUUUGUAUAUAAGCGGAAGGCUACUUGAUGGACUUAUUUCUGAGGUUAGUUUUUUUCCUUCAAGAUGGAAAAGUAUGUGAUCUUUACAAGCGGAAAGGGGAGAAGUGACUAGGAUAGGAAGGGAGGAGACACAGCCUGCAGCCCAGCUUGGCUCCCGUUUGCCAGCAGGAGUAUUUAGGGUUCGCCGGGGGCCCACACUCAGAUUCCCUCCUGUGAGCGCUUUAGGCCUUCUGGCUCUGCUGAGGGAAGGGGCUUUCUUGCCUGCCUCUAUGGCACCAAGGGGUGCAUCAGCCUGCAGAGGGGCCCUCCCCGGGGACACAGCCACCUGCUGGGAAGCCAGGUUGGGCUCUGCAGUUGGAGGUUUCUGGUUCUGAACAGUGGGGAAAGAGUCCUUUUUUCUCCUAAAAUUUGGACUGCUGUCUGCACAAACUCUGGUCUGUUUUGCACGGUUUGUGUGCCUUUUUUCCCUUUAUGCAAUCUUUUUCAGCUUUAGCGGCAGAGAUUUGUCUAGUUGAGAAAACAAGCCAGAGGGUGGCUUCAGAAGGAAGAUGAUCCCCAUGUAUUCUGUCUCUGCAUCUGAGCUUUUGAAGAGAAGAUUCCAGCUCGAGGGAUUCUUAAAGCCUUAAGUUACUUGAAAUCUAUGUAUUUGCAGCCCUUUGUCUCUGGAAUCGCAUUACACUAAACUGGAAUCUCAGGCUGAAUAAGAAGAACCAAGUUGAGUGAAAAGAAGAACACUCAGUUUCUUUAUCACCACUUGUUAACAAUGCUCUUUUUCCAAAGGGUCAGCCCCCUCUUCCUCUGAGGACUUGAAAAUAAAAAUGGACCCCACGUUGUUUUUAAACAUUACCUUUUCUUAGCAGACUGCCAUCAUCUUUUAUAGAGGAAUUUUUUCACUAUGCAUUUGGUGGAUCUUUAUAAAAUACUGACCUUCUAAUUAGAACCGGGUCAGUCUUAAAAGGGGGUCAGGGAAAACAGCGCAAGCCAACCACAAAAAUAACAUCGAUCUGUCAGUGAAAGCAGUUUUUCAGCAUUCAGCAUUACUUUUUAAGUAAAACGGUUCUUAAAAAAAAGUAUGUAUGCAGCGGUGGAGCAUGGGCCUGUCCUGUGCAGUGACUCCAACAUCCUCUGCCUGUCCUGGAAGGGCCGUGUCCCCAAGAGUGAGAAGGAGAAGCCCGUGUGCAGGAGGCGCUACUACGAGGAGGGCUGGCUGGCCACGGGCAACGGGCGCGGCGUUGUUGGCGUGACCUUCACCUCCAGCCACUGCCGCCGGGACAGGAACACUCCGCAGAGAAUCAACUUCAACCUUCGGGGCCACAAUAGCGAGGUCGUGUUGGUGAGGUGGAACGAGCCGUACCAGAAGCUGGCCACGUGCGACGCGGACGGCGGGAUAUUCGUGUGGAUCCAGUACGAAGGGCGGUGGUCUGUGGAGCUGGUCAACGACCGAGGGGCCCAGGUGAGUGAUUUCACGUGGAGCCACGAUGGGACUCAAGCACUUAUUUCGUAUCGAGAUGGGUUUGUCCUGGUUGGUUCUGUCAGUGGACAAAGACACUGGUCAUCUGAGAUCAACUUGGAAAGUCAAAUCACAUGUGGCAUAUGGACGCCCGAUGACCAACAGGUGCUGUUUGGCACGGCUGACGGGCAGGUGAUCGUCAUGGACUGCCAUGGCAGGAUGCUGGCCCACGUCCUCCUGCACGAGUCAGACGGCAUCCUCAGCAUGUCUUGGAACUACCCCGCCUUCCUAGUGGAGGACAGCAGCGAGAGUGACACCGACUCGGAUGACUACUCCCCGCCCCAAGAUGGCCCGGCGGCGUAUCCCACCCCCGUGCAGGACGUCAAGCCGCUGCUCACCAUCAGCUUCACCUCAGGAGACAUCAGCUUGAUGAACAACUAUGACGACUUGUCUCCUGCUGUCAUCCAGUCGGGCCUGAAAGAGGUGGUGGCCCAGUGGUGCACGCAGGGAGACCUCCUGGCAGUCGCUGGCAUGGAGCGACCGACCCAGCUCGGUGACCUUCCCAAUGGCCCUCUUCUGAAGAGUGCCGUGGUCAAGUUCUACAAUGUUCGCGGGGAGCACAUCUUUACACUGGACACGCUUGUGCAACGCCCCAUCAUCUCCAUCUGCUGGGGACACCGGGACUCUCGUCUGCUGAUGGCGUCAGGACCGGCCCUGUACGUGGUACGUGUGGAGCACCGGGUGUCCAGCCUGCAGCUGCUGUGCCAGCAGGCCAUUGCCAGCGCCCUGCGAGAGGACAAGGACGUCAGCAAGCUGACCCUGCCCCCCCGCCUUUGCUCCUACCUCUCCACUGCCUUCAUCCCCACCAUCAAGCCCCCAAUUCCAGACCCCAGCAACAUGCGAGACUUCGUCAGCUACCCAUCGACUGGCAGCGAGCGUCUGCACUGCACCAUGAAGCGCACAGAGGAUGACCCCGAGGUGGGCGGCCCCUGCUACACGCUCUACCUGGAGCACCUGGGCGGGCUCGUGCCCAUCCUCAAGGGGCGGCGCAUCAGCAAGUUGCGGCCCGAGUUCGUCAUCAUGGACCCGCGGACAGAUGGCAGAUCAGAUGAAAUCUAUGGAAACAGCUUGAUUUCCACGAUGAUUGACAGCUGCAACUGCUCAGACUCCAGUGACAUUGAACUGAGUGAUGACUGGGCUGCCAAGAAGUCUCCCAAAAUCUCCCGAGCUAGCAAAUCACCCAAACUCCCAAGGAUCAACAUUGAGGCUCGGAAGUCCCCCAAGCUGUCGCGUGCGGCUCAGGAGAUAUCCCGGUCUCCUCGCCUGCCCAUGCGCAAGCCGUCCAUCGGCUCGCCCAGCCUGACGCGCAGGGAGUUUCCCUUUGAAGACAUCACCCAGCACAACUAUCUUGCUCAGGUCACGUCUAAUAUCUGGGGAACCAAAUUUAAGAUCGUGGGCUUGGCUGCUUUCCUGCCAACCAACCUCGGUGCAGUAAUCUAUAAAACCAGCCUCCUGCAUCUCCAGCCGCGGCAGAUGACCAUCUAUCUCCCGGAGGUUCGGAAGAUUUCCAUGGACUUUGUUAAUUUACCUGCCUUCAACCCAAAUGUUUUCAGUGAAGAUGAAGAUGAUUUACCAGUGACAGGAGCAUCUGGUGUGCCCGAGAACAGCCCACCUUGCACCGUGAACAUCCCCAUCGCCCCCAUCCACAGCUCGGCCCAAGCGAUGUCCCCCACGCAGAGCAUCGGGCUGGUGCAGUCCCUGCUGGCCAACCAGAAUGUGCAGCUGGACGUCCUGACCAAUCAGACCACAGCCGUGGGCGCAGCCGAGCACGCAAGCGACAGCGCCGCCCAGUACCCCGUGGGCAGCCGCUACUCCAGCCCAGGCCAGGUGAUCUUCGGGGGCGUGGAGAUGAGCCGCGUCAUCCCCAACCCCCCUCAGCUGUCCCUGCCGCCGCCAGCACCGGGGGCCAUCCAGCUGUCCGUGCUGGACCACGGGGACCGAGACCACGAGCACCUGCAGAAGCCAGCCAAGGCCCUGCGGCCGGUGCCACAGUUGGCCACCGAGGGGGACGCCGUGGUGUUCAGCGCCCCCCAGGAGGUCCAGGUGGCCAAGAUGAACCCCCCACCCCCCUACCCAGGAACCAUCCCCGCCGCCCCCACCACCGCGGCGCCGCCGCCCCCGCCGCCGCCCCCGCCGCCCUCGCUGGACACGUGCUUGAAGAAGGGCGACUUCUCGCCCUACCCCACGGCGGCGCACUACCAGCCGCCCCUGGGCUACGAGAGGAUCACCACCUUCGACAGCAGCGGCAACGUGGAGGAGGUGUGCCGGCCCCGGACGCGCAUGCUCUGCUCCCAGAACACCUACGCGCUUCCGGGCCCGGGCAGCUCGGCCACGUUGAGGCUCACCGCCACCGAGAAGAAGGUCCCACAGCCCUGCACCAGCGCCACCCUCAACCGCCUGACGGUCCCGCGCUACUCCAUCCCCCCGGGGGACCCGCCCCCCUACCCGGACCUCGCCGGCCCGCUGGGCACCCCCGGCCCCGGUCGCGGCGCGGGGCAGAGACCCGACGGCGGCCUCAUCCACGCCACGCUGCGCAGGAACAACCGCGAGGCGGCGCUCAAGGCGGCGCCGCUGGCCGAGCCCCCGCGGCCGCCGCCGCACCCGCCCAGGCCCAAGGGCGCGGCGCAGUUCCCGGCGCGGCCCCCGCCCGCCCUGUACACCUGCAGCCAGUGUAGCGGCGCGGGCGCGGCGGGGAGGCCGGAGCCGGGAGCCGGGGCGCAGCCGGGCGCCGGCCUGGCGCACGCGGCCAGCACCUCCCCGCUGACCUCCCAGUCGUCCUACAGCCUCCUGAGCGCGGGCGACGGCGCCCGCGAGCGCGCCGACUACGUCAACUCGGCCUUCACCGAGGACGAGGCGCUGGCCCAGCACUGUCAGGCCGAGAAGCCGCUGAGGCACCCCCCGCUGAGCGAAGCCGCAGUGGCCUUGAAGCGGCCGCCCCCCUACCAGUGGGACCCCGUGCUGGGGGAGGAUGUUUGGGUUCCUCAGGAAAGGACAGCACAGACCGCGGUGCCCAACCCCCUGAAGCUGCCCCCUCUGAUGGUAGGUCAGAGCCAGCACCUGGAGGUGUCCCGAGUGCCCUUCGUCUCUCCCAGGCCUCCCGCCAGCCCUACUGCCACUUUCCAGACAGGCUAUGGCAUGGGAGUGCCCUAUCCGGGAGGCUACAACACCUCCCCUUUGACGGGGGUGCAGGCUCCCUGCUCCCCGAAAGACGCUCUGGCCCCAGCACAGUUUGCACAACAGGAGUCCGCCGUGGUUCUUCAAACGGCCUACCCGCCCAGCCUCUCCUACUGCACCCUGCCCCCCCUGUAUCCGGGAAGCAGCGCCUGCUCGAGUUUACAGCUGCCACCCAUCGCCUUGCACCCCUGGAAUUCCUACAGCGCGUGCCCGCCCGUGCAGAACCCCCAGGGCGCUCUCCCCCCCAAGACGCACUUGGUGGUGGAGAAGCCCCUCGUGUCCCCGCCGCCCACGGACCUCCAGAGCCACCUGGGUACAGAGGUGAUGGUAGAGACCGCAGACAACUUCCAGGAAGUCCUCUCCCUGACGGAGAGCCCAGUCCCCCAGCGGACGGAGAAAUUCGGAAAGAAGAACCGGAAGCGGCUGGACAGCCGGGCCGAGGAGGGAAAUGUUCAGGCCAUCACUGAAGGCAAAGUGAAGAAGGAGGCUCGGACUUUGAGUGAUUUUAAUUCCCUGAUCUCCAGCCCCCGCCUGGGGAGAGAGAAGAAGAAAGUGAAGAGUCAGAAAGACCAGCUGAAGUCGAAGAAGUUGAAUAAGACAAAUGAGUUCCAGGACAGUUCGGAGAGCGAGCCGGAGCUGUUCAUCAGCGGGGACGAGCUGAUGAACCAGAGCCAGGGCAGCAAGAAGGGCUGGAAGAGCAAGAGGAGCCUGAGGGCGGCCAGCGAGCUGGAGGAGUUCAAGUGCAGGAAAGCCAGCGAGAAAGAGGACGGGCGGCUGGGCAGCCAGGGCUUCGUGUACGUCAUGGCCAACAAGCAGCCUCUCUGGAACGAGGCCACGCAGGUGUACCAGCUGGAUUUCGGGGGGCGGGUGACCCAGGAGUCGGCAAAGAACUUCCAGAUCGAGCUGGAGGGGCGGCAGGUGAUGCAGUUUGGAAGGAUUGACGGCAACGCGUACAUCCUGGACUUCCAGUACCCCUUCUCCGCUGUGCAGGCCUUUGCAGUUGCCCUGGCCAACGUGACCCAGCGCCUCAAAUGAAGAGACUGGUGUGGGGAGGAGAAAGCUGUCUGAUCGCAGACGCUGGAGGAGCCUGCACGGCCUGGUGCCCGGGGGACCAGAAGACAAGGGCAAAACUGGAAACGUCUGUCAGGCCCAGGGGAGGUCACUGACCUUUCGUUGUUGUUUGUUUGGGUUUUUAUUAUCCUUUAUUUUUUUUUUCUUCUCUUAUUUUUUUAAACAAAAGUAAAAUACAGGAGAGCGGCGUUUGCAAGCAAAGGGUGUAAGGCACCUACCUGGUGGUGUUUAGGAGGCGUGGUCGCUGUGGGAAUGUCCCACUGGGUUUGCUUAUGUCGGUGACGGGACAAGGGGCCCUUCAGAAGGAAGGUUAGACUGCCUUCUCGCCUGCUGUUCUUCUAGACUAGGAGUGUGCAUUGUUUUCAUUCUCCACAACAUCUAGCUUUUAUUAUUCCUCCAACAUCACUACUAGUGUAAAUAUAAAAUACUUUUUAAGAAAAACACAACCAAAAAAUCCUGAAGGUACAGGUUCUCUUGUGGGGGGACAGCAUUUAAUUCACACCUAUUGUGUUAUCCCCCCAGAGGUGACUUGAUUAAUGAGGGGUAUUUUGGCAAAUGCACUGUGUUUGACUAAUAAAAGUAGGCUUUUUACGGGGGUGCUAUUGCCAGGUAUAAAUACGAUUUGCUCAUGAGCUCAUAGGGUAGCUCGUAGGGAAAGGAUGACGGGCGAACACCUGCAGGUGUUCACGCGGGUGGCUCACGUCGUGUGACUUGAAGCAGUACAAGAGCCACGCUCCUCUUCAGAGGAGGUUUACACUGAAGCCUCCACUAGUUUCCUAAUAUAUCAAAAUUCCGUUGGUUCAGUAAUCAUUCAGUCUGAUUGACUUCGGGAGAAAGAUCCCCGAGUAGUGUGGUGUAGGGCAGCGAUUUUCUGGGCUGUGGUGGUGGCUCGUUAAGAGACCUGCUGCUGAGAAGUGGGCUUCACUCCCUCUCCCCUCUCAUUGUUGAACCUGGGAACCAUGCCAGAGACGGUGUCUUCCCCAUUAGGUAACACUGUUCUACACUUGCUCUUUCUAAAAAUGCUGACAGGGCUUCCCUGGUGGCGCAGUGGUUGAGAGUCCGCCUGCCGAUGCAGGGGACACGGGUUCGUGCCCCGGUCCGGGAGGAUCCCGCGUGCCGCGGAGUGGCUGGGCCCGUGAGCCGUGGCCGCUGAGCCUGCGCGUCUGGAGCCUGUGCUCCACAACGGGAGAGGCCACGGCAGUGAGAGGCCCGCGAACCGCAAAAAAAAAAAAGUGCUGACAACACAGUUGAAAGCACGCCUUUCCUCUUUUGGGCUAUAUUAAAAUUCAGUUGGCUAGAGAUGUUUUCCAACAGAUUAGAAAUGUAGCAAAAGAAAUGUUAGGCAUUUGCCAGGGUAUGAAAAGAUAAGAGUUAUAAUCAACUCUUGACAAGAGCCCCACAAGCUUUUCUAGGAAAAAAAAAAAGUUUAUUAACUGUACAGACUGUUUACUGAGGAGAUAAACCACUGGGAGAACGUGGUUAAAGUUACAGUACUUAAUGUAGUUGGUUGACUAUUUGUUAAUUUCGACAACAACAACAACAGACCCAGAGAUUAUCGUUUCCCACCUCCCCCUCCACGGAGGGCGAUAUUCAGCCCUGAUAACACGACCCAUGAAAACAUAGUUUUCAGUUACUGAUAUCUGUGGUGUUGUUUAGGGCAGGAACACAAGAACUGUCUACCAGUUUAGGGUCCUAAAUUUGGAUUUUGUUUGAAAACAAACAGGUGGAAGAUACUGCAGAAACGUACUUUCCAAAAAAAAAAAAAUUUUUUUUUAAUCUUCUGUUUUAGUUUAAAAAUUAGAAAAGAAACAGACCCAACGCAAGAUGACAUCACUUACCAUUUUCUCCAGACCCAGAAGAAACACAGGUGAGGUUUCAAAUAUGGUGAAGGACAUCUCCCAGCUAAUAGCAGAGCUUCCCAUUUUAUAUUUUAAAAUAUUGAACCGGAUUCUUUGGUGGGUAAAUUUUUCCAGAAAGAAUUUAGCAGUGUAUUCAGAAUUAUAUAAUUCUUUUAUAUGAGUUUCUGUAUCUUAACAUGAUGUUUCAAUGCUUAUUAUCAGCUGUGCAAUAAUGGUUAUAGCCUAUUUCUAAAUAAUUUAAAUGCAGUUCCCCUGUUUUAUUGUCCAAAAGUUAAUUAUUUAUCUUGCUUUCACAGUGUUCGUAGGAAUUAUUUUGUUACUAUGUUCUGGUGAGUUAUGCCCACUUUAUUAUUUAUUUAGAAAAAUAGUAUGUUUGUAAUGACUUAUUUGGUGGCAGUAUAUUUUGCUGCAAGAAAUAAAAGGUUAUGAUAGAAGGUUUUUUAACUGGACAAUUUGUAACUUUUUCUAAUUGGAAAAAAUUCCUAUUAAUCCUUUAAAAGCAAUUUUUUUUUCAUUUUGUGUUAUCAGUUAUAUAAAAGGAGAAGAUUUCUUUGAGAUCACGUAUCCUAAAAUAUUAUUUCCCCUUCUGUUGAAAACUUUAUUUUUAAUGAAAAUAAAAGGUGAAAUGAAAUGAGACUGAAGAGAAUGAGUAGCACAAAAAAGGAACUAUAGUAGUAAGUUUCAGUUCUUCAAGUUCUGACUGGUUUUUGAAAUGUAGAGACCACAUUUUAGAACUUUUCUUAAUAAGAGCAAAAUACAGAGGGAAAUCCUUGGAAUGAAGACUACAGAUGCGUGUGUGAAGCGAAAGUAUGUGUCACAAAUAAUUAACUAAACUUACUAAAUUCUUAACUCACUCCCCAAAGGACCUUUUUCCCACCUGGGGACAAAGGCCUCCAUCUUGGAUCCGCCUCUGGAUGAGCGGCGGUCGCUCAGCUCUGUGGCCCUGGCCCGAAGGGAGAUGUAGUCUCCAGUCCAGUCAGACAGGCGUCUGCAGCCGUGGCGACGCGUGUCUUUUCACUUAAUGGUGACGUUUUCACUUACUUUAAAAAUUGCUUCCGUUCGGUCAGUCUCGAUUUAUUAAAUGCUACCAAAGUCAGUACUUUAAGCAGCAGGAUUCUACAUAUUUAGUGUUCAUUAAUAGCAACUUAUGAAUAUUAAGAUACCUCAGUGAAUCUCUAAAGUUAAAAACAUUAGCCCAGUAAAUAGCCAACCACAUACAGAAUCCAUGCCUUUUUGAGGGAAGCAGUAUGUUAACAAACAUGAGAGCCAGUUUUAAAUUUGGUUUUACCUCAUCAAACCAAAGGCACAGCUUUGAGUAUAGCAUACCCAUUGAAUGUAUGUAUAUCCUAAGAAAAAUCGGUACCAAGAAAGCAGGAAAAUGUCAACGCUCUCGUGGCAGGAUAGGUCAGAGAGUUUGCAGUGUUUUCACCCACGGCCGUUGCUUCCUCAUCGAGUGCCCCGCGAGGGCAUGCGAAGACGUGUAAUGGACGAGAGUCAGGAGACCCCGGGAUCAAGCCGGCUCGGCCACAAAGCUGGAGGGUGGCCGUGGGCCUCCAUUUGUCUGUAAAAGAAGGGACGGCCUGGACAAUUUUCUAAACUCCUGUCGACCAGCUCGAACGGCUUGAGGGCCCGAAACGUAACAGUUUCAUCAAUUCCAUUUUACAAACUUGGAAGGAAGGUUCCAAAACAUUGCCCUUUGUAAAGAAAUAUUUUUUUUCCUGUAUUAAUGAGCUACCUACUGAAUGUAAACCAGUGCAUUUAAAGUAAUAUCUUUGGAAGGUUCACCUCUAGAAACAAAUGCAUUUGGAAUCAUGUUUGUUCUCGUAAAAUUAUACAAAAGCACCGAUUCCAGGUAAGACAGACAAGCCUCCCCAUGAGUGUGCCCUGCUCGGUGGACACCCCAGAGAACAGCCCUAAAAUAAGUCACCACUUUGCCCUGAAGAGUGAGUUGAAAAAAGAACAAAGGAGUAUAUGCCUAGGCUGGCUUGAGUUUUUGAGUGUGCUGUGCAGUGUUGCAUGAGCUUUGUUUGUGUUCAGAAGGUUUUCUCGAGAAGGAACCCGUUGUGUCCCCAUGUGGGCCAUCUGUCAUUUGGCCAGGUCAGUGGUUGUGAGCAAAGUUAGCUGAAACAAAAUGUGUCCAAAUGUUGUUUGAGUUCCUGGAAUUUUGUCAGCACACAACUCAAAACUCUUCACCUUUUGUGCAUUUCCUUGUCUCUGGCUGAUGAAGCUCUGAAGGGUUGUGGUUUUCAUUUCUUUGGCUUUGUGCAAUUUUCUUGUAACUUUACUUGUACCUAUAUUUUCUGUUUAUAUGUUCUUUUAAAGGGGAGGGGGAGGGUUCUAAGAUCUUGUUGUUUAUUGUAGAUAAAAUUUUUUUCGUGUUGUAGAAAAGCAUGGGUUAUGCGUUUCACUGAAAAAGGCACUGUAUUAUUUACCAAAGGGGUAUUGUUUUUGCAUUUGUUUAUAAAUGCAUUAUUUUGGUACUGUAAAUUUGGAUUAAUUUCUGAGUUUAUUACUACUGGCAUUUUCUUUUUCCCUUUCUUCCCCCCUAACUGUAAGUGUGCGAAGCAGGUGCACAGGCCCCAGACCAAACCAGACCACCAGCAUGCUCUUGUCCCUGCCUUGGGAGUGGCGCGCUGCUGUGUGUGCCUGAUCCCUCUCAUGUUGGUUUGUUUGUUUUUUAACUCAGCAUCCUGCUUUGUUUUACUUUCCAAGCAAGAUCCGUUGAGAUUUCUGAUUUGCAUUCUAAUGAGCUCACCCUUAUUUCCUCUCUUCUUAUGUAUUUUGUGUAUUAGACUGUGCAGGAGGUAUUCUAGAAGGCAUUAAUGGUUUGCAUUCAAAAUGGCGUGGUUUGUCCAAAGUAUUUUCUGUCUUUAUUACUGAGAUGGAUUAAUCUCCUUAUUUUUUUCCUGAUGAUUUGAAGUUGUAAGAGUUGUCAGCUGUUGCUUAAUAAAAUUUUACAGAUCAAAAAAAAAUCAGUUACUUGUGUGCAGAAUUCAGAUGCGGUCUUGAGUCCUUUGAGAAGAAAUCACCGCUCUCCAUUGGCAUGACCCACCCUCUAGCUGCUUCUCCGAUCCCUGGGUUACUGCCAGGGGUUGCUUUGACACCUGAGAUCUUUAUCAUCAUUGCUCUUUCUGAGAGGUCAGAGGUUGUGCUGUUUUCCUGGUGAGUUGGUUUGAGUUUGUGUUUGUUUUUGUUUUAUUUUUCCUUGCUUUUUCAAAGAGGAGCCAUCUGUGUCUCUAUUUCUGCUAAGAUCAUCUAUACCAUAUUUUUAGAUUCCACAUAUAUGCGUUAAUAUACGAUAUUUGUUUUUCUCUUUCUGACUUACUUCACUCUGUAUGACAGUCUCUAGGUCCAGACGCGUCUCUCCAAAUGACCCAGUUUCGUUCCUUUUUAUGGCUGAGUGAUAGUCCAUUAUAUAUAUGUACCACAUCUUUUUGUUGUUGUUGUUGUUCCCUGCCU